GGUUAUUUAACAACCCAUUCAGUAUUCAACUGUCAACUGAAAUAAUUUAGUGUGUUAAAAAGUUCAAAAUGACGGUGAAAUCGAAUACUAGUGGCCAUACGUAUUGGCAAUGGAUUUUUUCUUUAAUAGCCAGCAUGGGCUUUUUGAUAUAUGGCCUGGAAGCAGCCUGGAUAUCUCCCACUACCAAGAAGCUGCAAGCUGCUGACUCUCCUCUAGGUGCUCCAGUAACAAACCAGGAAAUAUCCUUACUAGCCAGCAUCAACUCCUUAUCAUCAGCGCUGGUUGUGCCUAUUUUUGCCAUAUUAGCAGAUAGAUUUGGAAGGAAAUGGGUCGUCUUCUCCAUUACUAUUCCAGCAAUUCUAUCAGUCGUACUCAGGAUAAUGCUGCCAAAUAUAAUAGCUCUUUCCAUAGCAAGAGCCGCCGCUGGGAUGUCGGCAUCUGGUGCAUUUGCUAUCAUACCAGUCUACAUCCGUGAACUGAGCCAGAACAAUCUUAUAGGCGUCCUAGGAUCCGUAUCAGUCCUGCUGCAGAACCUAGGUUUCCUGAUAAUGUACUUGAUCGGCGCAUACUUUGAUUACUUCACAGUUUUGUGGAUAUAUUUAGCAUUCCCUUUGGCUAUGGGAGUGUUAAUGUUAAAGGCCCCUGAAUCUCCUUCCUUUUUGGUUAAGCGUGGGAAAAUAGAUGAAGCCUCCAGGGCAGUUGCCUUUCUAAGAGGUCUAAAAACAGAUGAUAAAGAAGUUAAAACUGAAAUAGAAUAUAUGCAAAAUCAACAGGAAACGUUUAGGAAUCUUCCUACAGUUGACUUGAAAGCUAUAUUUAAAGAUAAAGCUUGGCGUCGCGGUUUAAUAUUAAUGCUCUCUGUCUUUACAAUAUAUGCGUGGAAUGGUGCUUUUACAAUAUUAACGUACGCAACUGCCAUAUUGGAAUCAACAGGAAAUAAUUUCGGAAUCAGUCCGGAAUUGCAACCAUUGAGUUUUCCAAUCGUCAUGAUUAUUGCUUCGUUUGCAUUUACAAGUAUUGCGGAGAAGUUUGAUCGAAAGCCUCUCCUAAUAGGAGCAUACCUCAUAUCAGCGAUCGCUCUCGCGGGAUUGGGCAUAGCACUACUCAUACAGUCCUACGGCUAUACAAUCCCUGGCUGGUUACCAAUCACUUGUAUGAUGAUAGUCGUGGCAUUGUAUGCUGGAGGAGUGAGGACAUUACCUUUUAUUAUAACUACGGAAAUGUUUAAUUUUCAAGCUCGGGCCAAAGUGAUGGGCUGCAUAUGCACCUAUGCCUGGUUAUCUGUAGCUACCCAGCUAUUUACCUACGCAGCAAUAACAGAUACUUUUGGAAUACACACGACGUUCAUUUUCUUCGGUUUCCUAAAUGUAUUGGGAGCUUUAAUUACCUGUCUCAUUCCCGAAACGAGAGGAAAGAUUGAUGAAAUUAUUAGAGACGAACUAGCGAAUGGGAAAAAGAAAUAGUGGAAAAGAAACGUACCUAUUUGUUGUGUUGGCAAUUUUUGUUUUCUGCAUAAGGUCAUUUCAAAUUUUUUUUUGUCUUUUUGUUUGAUGACAGUCUUGUUUAGAAGAUUUUAUGUUUGAUGUAGAUAAAAUGUAAGUCUUGGCUGUAUAGUGAUACCUUUAAUAGUAUUACCACAAAUUAUCAAACAACACAAACACUAUUAAUAGAAAUUAUUCCGUCGUAAAUGAUAAUAAUGAUUUUUGUGUCUAAUGAUUGAUCUUUACCUUUUAUUCGCCUCCUCGGUACAGUGGUUGACGCGUGAGCAUAGAACCAAGGUGUCCUGGGUCCGAUUCCAGGUGGAGACGAAGAAAAAAAAAAGGUCUCGGUCUGGCAGGAUACAGAAGGCUGAUCACCAACUUGUCCCUAAAGAAAAUCGACCCGUGAAACAGAUGUAUAAUGCAUCUGCCUCUUACCCCACUAGGGGAAAUGGGAUGAUGACCACCGAAGACAUUAGACAACUCAUCAAAGUUUAGCUACAGGAAAGAAUGCCAAUGAUGUUAAUUUUAGCUAUUAUUUGUAUUUAAGUUUACCAAUUUUUAAUAAAAAAAGAUUAUUGUACUUAUA